GUUUACGACGGUUGAGCGCGGAAUCCGGCAGCGGCGUGUUCCGUCUCGCCCGAAAGAAGAUAAACACACACACAUAAAUACUCAUAAAGUCAGCAGCCCGGUGAAUGGAGACGGUGAGACCGCUUCGCUUGACUGAACGAAGUGGCUGUCCAUGACUUCCUGUGCAUGAGUAACAGACUCCACUGAACCCGCCGGUCGCUCCUCAGAUCGAACGAGAGCCCAACAGGAUGGCGCAGGCCGUGGCCAACGUCGCCCGGAGGAUCAACGCCACCGUGGAGGAGCAGAGAGACUCGCUGGAUCUGUCCGACUGCAGCCUCGUCAGUUUUCCUGACGGAGUCUUCAAGAUGAUCCGCAGCUGCACGGAAAACAUCCAGAAAAUCUCUCUGGCCAACAACCAGAUCAAAGCCUUGAGCAGCAAGUUCUUCCUCACGUUUACUCAGUUAAGAGAGCUGGAUCUGCAGGGUAACGUCCUCACAGCGCUGCCGGAGGCCGUCGGUGACCUGCAGCACUUGAUCAGCAUCGAUCUGUCUAGAAACAGGCUGAGGGUUUUCCCCGAGCGUCUGACGGAUGUGAGCAGCCUCCAGAGCAUCAGCGUGGAGCAGAACCAGAUCUCAGAGCUGCCGAUGGAGAAGCUGUCUCUGAUGCCCGCUCUGAAGACAGUAGACGCUCAGAGUAACCCGCUGGCGCCGGACGCGGCGUCUUUCCCGCACGCCUUCACGCUCCUGACAUGAGGAACACAUGGAGGAGAACAUGAGGAACGGGGCUGCUGGACCGCAUGCUGUGCCUCUGAAUUUUUUUUUUCUUCAGUAAAGUAUUUAUUGAAUCAUGCAAA